CCGCUGAUAUUUGACAUAUUUGAUGGGACGUUGAGAUCAUGUGACGUUGCCAUGGAUAUAGGGAGUCAGUUACUGGGUAGUAGUUGCACACCUCAUACGGGGGGAAUGUGCCAGACUGUCUGCAGACACAGAAGAACAUUUACACCAUCCUGACCGACACGGAACAGCUGAAGGACUUUCAAAAUGCCAAAGAAAAGUGAUACAGCAAAAUUAGCAGAAGUGGGUAUAGAGAUUGAAGGAAUAGAGAGUGCUGAGGAAGACAAGAAAGGCAAAAAGAAAGGCAAAAACAAUAAAGCAGCUGUAGGCAAACAGAGUAAAGCAGCUGCCAGCGAGGACGGUGGGGACGAGGACGAAGAGGCUGAUCCCCCUAGAGGUCGCAAGGCAGCCAACAGAAAGAAAGCAGCUCCAAGGGGGGCCUCGGAGGACGACAGUGAUUAUGACAUUCCUCCAAAGAGGUGCGCAGGGAAUCGGAAGAGAGGAAAGCCAGCGGGAGCCAAAAGCAAGAGAGGCAAAAGUGCCAAGAAGAAGAGCAGUAGGUAUGGUGGUUUAGAAACAACUGAAACUGCUUCUGUUUAAUGAUAUUAUUGCAAAACAGUUCAUUUUUAAAAUAAUCAUUUUCUUGUGGGAGGGACUAUAUUAUUAAGUAAAGAACAGCCAGAGCAGUUGGUGCAACAAACCUAUGAGCUAGGAACAAUUUCUCUAUUUUCUAUUUUAGCAAUGAACUAACAAGCAAAUAUUUCUUCAUCAUUGUCCAAUCAACAAAACACUCACUUUGUUUUUUAAUGGUUUGGCUUUACAUGCAUAAUUGAUUAUGCAUGUAAAUAUUCAUUUAUGGCCAAAAUAUUCUUUAAAUGAACUAUACUUAUUGCAUUAUUCCAUGAUUGCUUCUUCCCUCCCACCCCUGCGCGUCCCCACUAUCCCAGUGAGGACUCAAAGUGGUGAGUGGGUGUGGUGGGUGAUUUGAUUUUUAAGGAGUGAUUUGAAAAAAUUUAAUGUGUUGAUUUAGUUUUUGUGUAACUUGAACUGU